UUCACAAUCCCUUCUCCUCCCUCAACCUCACACUUUCACAGAAGCUCUCUCAUCUCUCAUAUCUCAUUGACGCGAGCCCAGAUUUCUCCUUCUAUCAGCAUCAUCCGACAAGCUCGUCGUCGGUCUCCUCCGGUAUCCGAUCUCGCGUGCCUUCCUUGCCGUCGUCGUCACAGGCGGCAGUAGCAGCAGCUCCCGGACCUGGACGUCGUCGCCGCUCUGUAUCUUGUCACUGCCUCGCAGUCAGUCUCGCUCCGUCAUUGCGCCCGUCGACGCCGACACAGAAGCAGCAGGUCCCCGACUUCCUCCUCGCCUUCAGCAACUCCUCGGCUUCCUUCGCACAACCUGGUCCGAAUUUGCGACUCCCUGCAAGUUCAAUGCUAUUAGGACGUAAUGGAAAACAGUGAAGAAUUGUCCUGUGAAGAAUGAGGGUGACAAUUUGGGUGAUAAGAUUGGUGGUGGCACACAGGCUAGCUUUGGUGCAGAAGAGGAGCUUCCCAAAGACCCUAUGACUUCUCAAGGGACGCAAGCUAGCUUCGGUACAGAAGAGGAGCUUCUCAAGGACCCUAUGACUUCUCAAGAUACAUCAGCAGUGCCAAAUACAGAAGUAAAUGCAUCUGUGCAGUUAGGGUUUGGGCUAGGUGACUCAGAAUUGAUUAAUAGCCAUGGGGCUCCCAUCCCACCAUAUGGAAGUAAUCAGUGGCUAUUACAGGUUGUACAACAAGGACAAUAUCCGAAGUUCAAUGGGAUGCAGUCGUGCAUUGAGGUUGAUAUAUGAUGGGGACUGCUAGACUGUGUAUCAAAAAAAAAACCAGUAGCAAUUUAAUGUUUGGUUGUACUCCAUGAGAAUUUUUUAUUUCUUGAAUUAUUGUUUGAGCAUUUUAGGCAAUUUAAUACCUUCUGAUAUAGGUGCAGUAACAGAUUGUUAAACUGAUUUAUUUUCUUUUUUACUUUCCAAUUGUCAUGACAGGUUUAUUGUCUUAGUUGGCUAUGAAUAUUUCAAUAACAGAUUAAAUAUGCAAAUAUUUCUUGUGUUUUACAUCAAGCCUCAUUAGUUUUGAUAAUAAAAUUUGAAUAUCCUCAAUCCAAAUCCAUAUCAUGGCUUGUAAUUAAAAGCCAGACGUAAUGGAUAAUUCGAUCUGGAUAUAGUGAUUAGCACUUGCUGGAUGAAACAGCAUUAUGUGGUUUAUUUAUAUAGAUGGUGUGACUCUAUCAAUGCUUAUGCUAAUUUAUUUAAGGCUAUUUCUUCUUGUAUUUUGUUUCUCAUUUUUAUAUUUUAUAAAUUGGUGUCCUUUCUUGUCUGUGUGUAUUCUAGGCCAAAAUUGUUUGCUUUUUGUCUAAAAAAGAUUGGUUUUUGUUCGUUAUAUUCUUCCUCCUUGCUAUGGAAUGAGAAAACUUGGACACUAUCACAAGUGUGUUGCCUUGCUCUUUAUUUUAAUAUUCUAUUCUAUGAAGAUUUAUGUUCUGUUCUGUGAAAGAAAAUGCAUAGAAAUUUAGUUGUUAACCCUUUUGAAAAUUGAAGCCUUUUGUGUUCUCUGCUUUUUCUACUUAAGUUUAGUUUUCCAAUGCAUAGUUUAUGGAUUAAAUUAAUGUCAGGAGCCUCAGAGUUUGAUGUUGUCAAUGUGAUUCUUGAGGAGGGACCAAUCAUCCUACAUAUUUUUAGUAUAUUCUAUCACUUGGUUUCACAUGUUAGUAAAUUCCAUGUGGAGAGAAGCUUUCAUGAAGGCGUAUAAGGCCAUGGACAAAGAGCUGAGGUCUCAUCCGAAUCUGGAUUGUUUCUGUAGUGGGAGCACGGCUGUAACCAUAGUGAAGCAGGGAUCAAAUCUGUUCAUGAGCAACAUAGGGGAUUCCCGAGCAAUCAUGGGAUCCAAGGACAGCAAUGACUCCAUGGUGGCAAUUCAGUUGACAAUUGAUUUAAAACCUGAUUUGCCAAAGGAAGCUGAAAGAAUCAAAAGGUGCAAGGGCAGGGUAUUUGCCUUGCAAGAUGAACCAGAAGUUCCAAGGGUGUGGUUACCUUUUGAUGAUGCACCUGGAUUAGCAAUGGCUAGAGCAUUUGGCGAUUUUUGUUUGAAGGAUUACGGUGUCAUUUCUAUACCAGAAUUUUCUUACCGGCUUCUUACAGACAAAGACGAGUUCAUUGUUCUUGCCUCGGAUGGAGUCUGGGAUGUGUUAAGCAAUGAAGAAGUGGUUGAGAUAGUAUCCACGGCACUAACUCGAGCAUCAACAGCAAGGGUUCUAGUGGAUUCUGCAGCCCGAGAGUGGAAACUCAAGUAUCCCACGUCAAAGAUGGAUGAUUGUGCUGUUGUAUGCCUUUUUUUGGAUGGUAAAAUGGAUGUGGAAUUUGAUUGUGAUGAGCAAUGCUAUUCUUCUGCAACAAUCCAAAGCAACCAUUCGGGUAAUCCAGUUGAAUCCGAUAAUGGUCAAACGGCCGAGCCUUCUUUGCAAAGGAACUUCACUGUAUGAACCUCGGAAGAAAAUCAAACCUAUAGAGGAAUAUCUGUUGAUGGUGAGGAUGGAGCUUCAGCAGUAGUAGCAGCUAAAGAUCAAAAUUGGUCGGGUCUGAAAGGUGUCACCCGAGUAAACUCAUUGGUCCAACUUCCUAGAUUUUCUGAGGAAAAGCAAAAGCAAGCCUCAUAGAAUAUUUAUUAGUGUCAAUCACGGUAACUUCUUGGCUGCUACAAAAAAGGGAAAGACUUAUAUCAAUACUAUAAUGUGUUCAUUUUUCUCCAAUAAGGCAAAAUGUUAUGUUUAAUAGCAAUAGUAUAGUACAUUGGAACUAUUUAAUGCAAAAUAUGAUUUCAUUUCA